GCCACCUACGCAGCCUUCGCCGCGCUGCGCGGCGACGCCCGGGUGGUGUCUUGGGGCGAAGCCGAGUCGGGCGGCGACGCGCGAGAGGUGCAGGAUCAGCUCGUGGACGUGCUGCAGAUCGUUUCGACGGGCUAUGCCUUCGCUGCGCUACGCCGUGACGGGCGCGUAGUUACGUGGGGCGCCCACGAUUAUGGAGGCGACAGCAGCAGCUGCAGCGAGCGUUUGGAGAACGUCACGGAGCUGCACGCCAGGCACGGUGCAUUCGCAGCGUUGCGAAAGGAUGGCGAGGCGGUCGUCUGGGGCAAGGCCCAUUAUGGCGGUGACUGCAGCAGCGUCACGGGCCAGUUGACAGACGUUCGAAGGAUCUGCGCUGGAUUCUUCGCCUUCACUGUCAUUAAGGCGAACAGAGAGGUCCUCACCUGGGGCAACGUCGACGUGGAAGCCUGCUGCCCAAAUCAGCUGACGCUCAGCACGGAGCUGCUGGAUCUGCAAGCCUCGCACUCGGCCUUCUGCGCGCUGCUGGUGGAUGGCACGGCUGUGACGUGGGGGGAUGAGCGUUUUGGAGGGAGUGGACCCAGUGGAAAGCUCAGUGGGCUGACAGCCAUCAAAGCGAAUGCUUAUGCCUUUGCUGCCCUCACAGCCACUGCGGAAGUGAUUGCUUGGGGAAACCCCUUCUGCGGGGGGGACUGCAGCGCUGUGCAGGAGCAGCUGCACCAGGUGCAGGAACUCUUCGCAGCUCAGUAUGCCUUCGCAGCCUUGCUGUCCCAUGGAGGUGUUGUGGCCUGGGGCGAUGCGGACAGUGGUGGUGACUGCUCCUGGCUCUCAGCAGAGCUGCAAGAUGUGCAGGAGGUUUGCUCCUCAGCUCAAGCCUUUUGCGCCCGCACGCGACACGGCCAUGUGGUCUGUUGGGGCCGGCGCGAGUUCGGUGGUGACAGCAGCGGCGUGGACGACGAUCUGUGG